CCGUGGGAUCUCACAAACGAUCGCCAUUUCGAACCAUGUCACUCUCUCUCCUUCCAAACGAGCUGCUACUCUCAGUCGCCGGCUAUCUUGAUGACCCCGCCGACAUCAAAGCCUUCCACGCCAUCUCCCGAGGGUUCCGCUCAGUCCUCGAGGCUACCUACCUAUCCGUCUGCGCAAGCGCCGUGAGCCAAACGGAGCUUGAUGUAAUCAACGAAUUCGGAUACAAAGUACCCUGGGCCACCGAGGCUCUCCCCCCAAAGCUACUUUGGCUUGCCAUCGCCAAAGGUUGGAACCACCUCGCCCGCACCUCCAUCACCUCAGGUGGUGCCCCACCCUCGCAGAUCUACCGUCCGGGCGUCCCCGGAAACUGGUACUGCCCCAUCACGCGCGCCGUCUACUUUGGCAACAUCGAGAUUGUGCAGUUCCUCCUCAACUCGGGGGCCAGCGUGAUGGGACGGAAAUACGCUGAUACGGCCCCCCCUCUUUUCCCGCGGCAGCAUGUCACACCGCUGCACCAUGCCGCCAGUCAAAAGAACAUCCCGCUCAUCCACCUGCUCGCCUCCCACGGCGCAGAUCUGGAGUGGCUUUCGCCUGACGGCCUCACGCCGCUGAUGUGCGCCGUUGCCGACCCGCGCACCGUACUCGAGAUGAUCAGCAUAGGCGCGGAUGUCAAUGCGCGCUCAUCCCGCGGGUUCUCGGUGCUGCACUGCUGUGUGGGAUAUGAAGGCAGCGGUGGGAAGGUGCGCUCCACGAAGACCAAUACCUCGUUCCACGACCUCUACGUGGGCCGGAGCAGAGAACACUCCCUGCAUAGGAUCCACGGGAGUACGUAUUUCGCCUAUGGGCACUCGAUGAAGGCGUUGCUGGCGAACGGCGCGGAUGUGAAUGCGCAGGAUAGCGUUGGAGAUACGCUGCUUCACUUGGCGGUGGACUUGAAGCUAAGGGACGUGGUGAAAUUGCUGUUGGAGGCGGGCGCAGAUGUGACUAUUGUGAAUUCGUUUGGCCAGACUGCUGCCGAAAGAGCGCACCCGAGUUUUUUGGAGGCAUUUGAGGAGGUCUCUGUGGGGACUGUAGCACGCCAAAAUCUAUUCCCUUUACUCCGGCUAUGUGGAUAAUUUGUGUUUCUUAUUUGUGUUUC